AUGGCUGCUACGCUCAAGCACCUCAAGGUGAACCCUAAAGAAGCUCAUCAGAGCACUGUGAUUUUCUUACAUGGACUCGGCGAUAGUGGUCACGGCUGGCUGCCCGUCGCCAAGAUGCUCUGGUCUUCUUUUCCCAAUACAAAAUGGAUUCUGCCCCAUGCCCCUUCCAUGCCUGUCACACUGAACGGCGGCAUGUCCAUGCCAGCCUGGUUCGACUUGCACAACCUCUCCAACCUCACCGACUCAUCGUACGACGACGAGCGCGGCCUCCUCGCGUCCGUCGCGGCGGUCGACCAGCUCGUGCAGGCCGAAGUGGACGCUGGGAUCCCAGAGCACAAGGUCAUUGUCGGCGGGUUCAGCCAGGGCGGGGCGGUGGCGGCGUUGAGCGGGCUGACGGGGGGAAGGGCGCUGGGCGGGGUCGUGGUGCUUAGUAGUUGGGUGGUGUUGAGUCACAAGAUACAGGAGAUGACUAAAGCCGGGGCUAAGGAUAUACCGAUGUUCUGGGGACAUGGGAGGGAGGACCCCGUGGUACAAUAUCAGUACGGCGCCAAGUCUGUCGAGCUGCUAGGCAAGCUCGGCUUCCCUUCUGUACCCAAGGGCAGAACCUUUGCUCGCCCCGGACUCCGGUUCGAGAGUUAUAACGGUAUGGGCCACUCGAGCUCGCCGGAAGAGAUUGAAGAUCUGAAGAAGUGGUUGAUGGAGGCGUUGAAGUAG